ACGAAUCACUGCAGUCCCUAUUAUAGACUCGCUUGUGUCGGAUUUCUCUUCUAUAUCGCAUCGGAAACCCGACUACGUUCGUCGAUGCAUCCUUGUGUUACUGAUCCAUGCGGUCCUUAUCUUCGCCGUCUUUCUUGCUUUCUUUGUGGGCCACUGGCUUUCUGGACAAAACGAAGACAAAAAUACCGUUACUGACGAGUUGCAAACACAACGAAAUUUUACUCUUAUGGAUGUGGUUCCUCCAGCGUAUGAGUCGUACGAAUUCAUGGAGAAAAUGCACUUCGAUCAAGGAAAAAGGAAACAGGAUGUGAUUCUCGUUUCGAUGCCCACUCACACUCUACCUCUUCACUACGAUAUUCAUUUAGAUUUAACGAAUGUCGCUGAAAAGUUAGUUCGGGGAAGCCUGACGGCUCAUUUGGAAGUGUUUGGUAACUCCACAGACGACGAGAUACUUUUCCACAUUGGUCCUCGUGUUGCCAUCGACAGAAUACGCCUGAGAAGGGGAGGAAAAAGGGUUUAUCCUAAAACACUGAGAAUAGAGGACAUGAGGAAAUUGGCUCGAGUAGUGCUCAAGGAACGUUUGAUGAAAGGAAGAUAUCUUCUGGAAGUUGAUUAUAACACCACAAUAUGCGGUGAGGAUGGUGGCGUUCACUGUUACUAUGAACUGGAUUCGGUAGUGACGUCGUUCACCACGAAAUUUGAGCCAACACUUGCUAGUUCAUUUGUCCCGUGUUGGGACGACCCUGGAAUUAAGGCCACCUUCAACGUCUCCGUGCUGCAUCCUUCAAGAUUCGUCGUACUGUCCAAUAUGCCGCGAAGUAGCGAAAAAAGAAAAUCGGACGGAACAACCAUGACCACAUUCCAAGAAACCCCACCGAUGUCCACGUAUUUGCUUGCACUCGCCAUGGGAGAAAUGGUACCACUGGAAGCGAGGACAGAGAGGAAUCUGCCUCUUACUGUUUGGACCCAUCCUGAAGACUUUUUGUAUGCUCGAUUUGCUGCGAACUUUUCUCCUGUAAUGUUUGACAGACUCGAAGACGAAUUAAAGCUGCCGUAUCCGUUGCCGAAAAUGGACCUUAUCGCUGCGCGUAGCUUCCCAGUGGGUGGAAUGGAGAACUGGGGGCUUAUCGUCUUUGACAAGCAGUCAGAUUUUUUGCUCACAGAUGGCCUUAAUACGACAGUGGACCGUCUCUACCACGAAUACCGCAUCGAGAAGAUUAUCACUCAUGAAAUUGCUCAUCAGUGGUUCGGAAAUUUGGUGACGAUGCGUGACUGGUCUGAUUUAUGGCUUAACGAAGGGUUUGCAACAUAUAUGGUAUACUAUCUUCUUCAACAGGAGCAUCCUAGAUUAGUAGAAAACGAGUAUAUUACUCGACUAUAUCAACUCAUAAGAAAACAGUCAACACUGGACCAUCCGGCGUUGGUCCGUCCGCUGACGACUGAGCUGGAGGUCGAACAGUCAUUCCACGGAACACAUCUCUACACCAAAGGGUCGGUGAUGGUAAACAUGAUUCGUAACCUCGUAUCGGACGCUGAAUUCCACACUGGAGUGCGCAGGUACCUGCGCAAGAAUGCAUACCGAUCGGUGUCCAGGCACGAGUUGUGGGAAAGUAUGCCUACUCAUGCAAACUACGGGGCUGAACAGGAGCGGCUCAGCGUCGUCAUGGAGGGGUGGCUAGUGAAUGAAGGCAUUCCGGAGGUCUCCAUAAUCCGCAACUACCACAACGACAAGAUUUUGGUGACGCAACAGAAAUGUGAUGAAAAUUUUCACAAAUCGACGUCACGACGACGACGGAACGAUCAUCAUCACAAAGCGAGCCUGUUUAACGAUUCACUAUUUGACUAUUCACCUCAACUCGUUGAAACGAAGCAGAGACGUAAACAAAGCCGACGAAAAACGAAAAAGUUGCGUACAACGUCAUCUCCAGCGUUCUUAAGCAUCUCGAUACAUUCGCGAAGGGAAGAGCUGCGGAAGGCGCGGCGCACGCCAAGAUCCACUGACAUCUGGAGCGUACCGUUCAGCUAUACCUUCGGUUCGCUACCAAGUUCCGAAGGACAGGUUGUGCGACAGUUUUGGCUUAAAAAUCGGAGCUCAUCAUUUCUGGACGCUGAGUUAUCGCCCAGCCAUACUCUCCUAGCAAAUCCCAAUUGGAUCUAUCCCUACCGUGUUAACUACGACAUCACUAAUUGGAAGAUGAUCGCCAGAAUGUUACAUCAGAAUCAUCGAGAAAUCCCCGUGAAAUCACGAAUGCAGAUCAUCGUCGACGCCGAAACCUUCCUAUCCAACUCCGAUCUUCCGCAGUUGUUCAUCUACAUUCUUGGGUUGGUUUAUUUGGCCGUUGAGUCCGACCUAGGAGUGGCUCUGAUCGGCAUGGACGCGAUUCAUCGUCUUUGUGAUGCAUUUCGCGGUGUGCAUCUACCAGAACUGCAGCUUUAUCUAACCCCAGCAGUAGCGCAAUUCGACAAGCUGCUGGACGAAACUCAGGCCGACCCAGAGCUCGCCGCGUUAUGGUUAAUUGACCCAACUCGUUUGUCCAAGAUUUAUCAACUGCGAUGUAUAACAAAUCGACACACCUGUGACCAACAAGUUCAGGCUCGGCGCUGGAUGAUGUUCCCAAGUUUCUUGCAUGACGACGUUCACAAGCAGGUUACAGCCGUGUGUCACUUCCUGUUCACAAACAACGUUACCGGAAAGGUUUGUACUCUUUCUCAGCUGAAGACUCGUAACAGUCACUGGUCGACUGCCGUUCAACUGGCUGCUUGUUCGCAUGCUGACCGCAUCGUCCAACUGGCUGCUAAACAGAUUGUCGCCACAAAAAAUGCCGCCAUUUUCGCCUCCACGUUGCAGGUUAGUUACCAAAGACCCCAAUUUCGCAGCGUUGGUGACGAUCUGUGCCUACAAUGCACGUACACUUGCAUCCUAGUCCUCGAUAGAAGACUUCCUCAUGCAGGCAAGAAGGAUAAAGUACGACAUCAUCGGCCUGGCCGAGACGAGACGACGCCAUUCAUUCAACGCUAUCUAUGA